CCCGACGUUCAUCAAACCUAACUGGCUGGCUGGCUUGACCGGAUAAAGUUAUUAACUUUAGUAGCAAUAAUAAUUGCUGUUUUAACUAAGAAUCAGUUUCGCUUGAUUAGUCACCGCAGUAUACUCGUGUCUGUCCCCAGUAUUAUUAACUUAACUUGUGAAUUAUCAAGGUAUUUGAUUACUACGAUAGCAAUGAAGCCAUUAGUUUUCUCAAUCGUAGCUGCUGUUUUAAUUGGUAGCAUUUCAUGCUCGUGGCGGGAUCCAACAGAGCCGCGCGCGCUGGCGGUGACCGGCAACCACACGGGCGCGGGCGCCGCCGACGUCGUGCAGCUGCUGUGCGAGGCCAGCGGCAUCGCCAACUACACCACGCUGCACUGGGUCCAACAGCAAGGCGACGUGCAGCACACGACGUGGCGGCGCGGCCCCAGCCCGCUGGCGCUGGCGCUGCCGGCGGCGCAGGCGCACGGCUCGGCCUACUUCUGCACCGCGCCCUUCACCGAGUUCGGCGUCCCAUACACGACGUACACGGUGCGCUCGGAGCUGACGGAGGUGUCGGUGGCGGGCGCCGGCGCGCCCAGCUUCCCCGCCAGGCCGGGCCGCGUGGAGCUGACGUCGUCGGGCGGCGACACGCACCGCGUGGGCGACCUCGUCACCUACACCUGCACCGCGCACGACUUUCGCAGCACCGUCAUGGACGUGGUCCAAGCCAAAGACCAGUACGAGAUCCAGCUGCACACGGGCUGGCAGCCGACGCGCGUGCUCACGCUGAACGUGACGGCGGCCGACCACGGCUCGGCGCUGUACUGCCGCGUCACCAGCACCGACCCCGACGACAGGACGCUCUACACGCUCGUCUCCCGGCGCCUGCCGCUCUACGUCACCGCCGGCUGAGCCGCCCCGCCCCACGGCUUAACCAUCUUGCUUGAUCCUUCGACCGACGAUUAUGCCGCCAGUCAAUACAUGCAUCUACAUA